UCAAGGUAGGAAUUUCAGGCCUUCCCCUGUCAGCCCAGCGGCUGGCGCACCACAGUGUGCUGCCAGUUGGGUUUUGUCGCUGACGGGGCAUUCAGCUGAAGCAUGGAGUCAUUUCAGCAGUAUGUCAAUGAGUUCCGAGACCUGGCCAAGAGGCCACGCUCCUUCCUCACACAGGUGCUGAAUCUGGGCUGCAUUGUCUUCUCUGCGCUGAUGCUUUGGAAGGGUCUGAUGGUGGUGACCAAGAGCGAAAGCCCAGUGGUCGUGGUGCUCAGUGGCAGCAUGGAACCUGGUCUACAGAGAGGAGAUAUUCUGUUUCUCACUUUGUACUCCGAGCCGUUCAAGCCCGGUGAUGUAGUUGUUUUCCAGAUUGAGGGCAGGGAUAUCCCGAUCGUACAUAGAAUGCUAAAUGUCCAUGAGAAGGAAGAUGGGAAGCUUGCUAUGCUCACAAAAGGUGACAACAAUCAGGUAGAUGAUAGAGGAUUGUACGCUGCUAGGCAGCUUUUCCUCAGCAGAAAAGAGAUUAUGGGGCGGGCUCAGGCCUACUUGCCCUAUGUCGGAAUGGUUACGAUUUGGUUGAAUGACUACCCCUGGCUAAAGUAUGUGCUGAUUGGUUCCAUGGGCUUUUUCGUGAUCAUUGGUCGAGAAUGACAUUUGGGCAGACAGGGGAAGAGUUGGACAACGUCCCAAGGCCAGAUCCGAGGCCUUUUGAGGCAUGUGGGUUGUCACGGCUCUUCUCACCAUCAGAUGGCGACAUCUGGCCCAUUAGCUGAAUUCCCUGGUCAACAGCCGGGGAUCAAAAUGUUAGAGGUUUGAUGACGUUUGGGUGAACUUCCAAACACC